CGAAAAAUGUUGUGAGACGCCGAGAACGAAAAUAUAUAGUAUAUAUACCCCGAUUCUGGACUGUAUUUGCAUAAUGGUCAUGGCCCUUUGCUGCAAACUAUUGACCCUUUUGCUGGCCGCUAUUUUCAUCCAAGUGACUCUCUCCUUGGAGUUCAUGGAUGAAGGUAUCUUGGCCAAUGAUGAGGUUCAUCAUCUUAAUGAUGGUGGAGAGGAGUCCUCCGCCGAGGUGCCAGUGAUGAUAACGGGUUAUACAAGGGACACCAUUGCACAUUUUAGUCCUCGAAGGCCAGAGGCAGGAUUCCGACAGUUGUGGGAAAGGGUUCCUCUCCAAAAAGUCGAUGUGAUCAAGAGGCGUUAGUCAGGGACCAUUAAUAAUUAAAUCAACUUACUAUCCUAUUAAUUAUUUUAAACAAGUGAUGAAAAUUAUCUUAA